AUGAAUCAACUCAAAGAAGUGAGAAGAGAGAGAGGAGAAACAUGGAGUAAAAGACAAGUGCCAAACAAGGGGAUGAGUAAGAGUCUAAAGCCGGCUGAUCGAUACUCCCUAGUUGAGACCACACCUUUAGAAAUGAAAGGAGUCAAGGGUGGCGAAUUGGAUUGUCCAAGGAGAGGUGGACCGCUUUGGGAAAAUCGCAAAACUCAUGCGCGCAGAACGAAGCUUCGGAAGUUUGGCCGCGCGCGGAGGAGUUCCCGACGUCCAAAAGUUACGAUCUUGAUAUGGAAAGAUAGAUACUUGAGUCAUGCAUCACGUCGAAGUGGAAUGAAGCCAUUUGGAUCAACUAUGAGGCCGGAACUUAUUUUCUACCGAGACAUGUCCGGUAAGCGAGAAACGAAGCCCAUGGAGGAUUUGGAGUGUCUAAUGGCCCGAGCAGCAGCGCCAAAGGCCUUGAUCGAAUAG